AUGGCAUUUGAUAUGAACAGGACCGCAGCUCUCACCACGGUCGACCAGGAUAUGAACGCAGCAUUGCAUGGUAGGUAAGGUAAACUAUAGGCCUGCUUUUGGUAUCUACAAACAUAUUGUAUGAAGGGUCACUGUUGAAUCCAAACUUAGCCUCUUCAUUUGUAAGUUGAAUUGGGAAUGUUUUUGGUUGAGUGUGACAUUGUGUGUUGAAUAAGUUUAAGCGUUUUACUUGAAAUGAAGGUGGACCCUAGUCUUCACUUGUUUUCCCCUCUUCUCAGAAUAUGGUCACCAUAGUCACCUGUUCUGUUUUUUCUUGUUCCAGAGUUCAAGGUGUUCAACAUCAUCCUAAUGUCUCUAGCCUUGUGUGUUCUCACCAUCACUGGCCUGUUCUGCAGCAUAUCCUGUCACAACCGCAGACGGUAAGGCUUGAUGUACUACAAUACCCAUAAUGCUCUGUACUACAUAUGAAACUAUUGUUUAUUAUAUUGACAAGAUAUUGGAUAUGUCCUCAAAGAUAGCAGGAAGAAGGAGGCGAGAUCAGGUGGGACCAUUCUAGCCAAUGAGAGGGCAGAUAAUUGUGUAAACAAGCCAUAGAUAUAAAUAGAGGACUCAUCGUUGUAUCUGUGCCAUUAUAGCGUCUGUGAGAGCAUCUCUAUUUAAAAUUAGCAAAUUGUCUACUCCAAUGGCUGAUUUCUCCCAACUCAUAGGAAUCCCCACUCAGUUUACUACUUUAAAAUGGUGGAAGCCCUCAAUGGCAAUGUCUAUGCUAAAACAGGUUAAAACCAUGAUGAGUCCUCUAUCUAUCUCUAUCACAACAGGCACAUAUCCAAUAUAAAGUCGUUUUUGGGUAAGUUGCAGAAAUGCCACGUGUCCACUUAUAUCAGUGCAUUCGUAACAACCUAACCAUUACGAAACGUCUAUUUUAUCAAAUAAGCCUCACUUAGCAAAUUAGCAAUUAAAUGUUUUAUUGACCAAAAUUCAACACUCUCUUUUUGACCUCCAUAGAAAUAUUUUUGUGGACAGAUUUUGGGCAGAGUCAUACCUCUUGCUUUGCAUCUCCUGUCACAGUCGCAUGAGGUUACCUGUCUCUGGGUCAUGUUAAUAUCGCUGCCUUAUAAUUACCUCUCUGAGUCAUGUUGGCAUCCUCAACUAAAGUAAUCUUAGUAAUGACUCUCACUCAUUAGGCUUCAUUGAAGCAAACUAAAUAUUUGGUAAUCUAAUAUGAGGCUGGUGGGAGGAGCUAUAGGAGGACUGGCUCAUUGGAAUGGUUGGAAUGGAAUCAAUGGAAUGGAGUCAAACAUGUGGUUUUCAUGUUUGAUGUGUUUAAUACCGUUCCAUUGAUUCCAUUCCAGUCAUUAUAAUGAGCCAAUCUUCCUCUGGUGUAGUCUUUUCCUCACUGUCCCGCUCUACAUUUAACACAGCUGAACAGUGCCACUCCAUGGACAUAUGAUGAAACUGCAUGGUCUUUUACAGCAACAGUUUUUGCCAUGUUGGUGGGACACACAAAAUAAUGACGGACAUUUUAAUGCAUUGGUUUAAAAUGACAUGAAAGAACACAUAGAAUGUCCCACAGUUCCCUGAAAGCGCAUUACAUAUCUCUCCACCCCCCCCCCCCCCCUCUUUCAGGCUGUCCAAGAGGGCCCUUAUGUAUGAGAGUGCUGUGCUUCGUGAAGUACCAGUCAACCCGGUGGACAUCAGAGCCGUCAAGAGAUCCACCAGUUUCAGAAACCCUCUCUCAUUCUUCAGAAAACAGGAUGCACCUAAGGACAACUCUAGAAUCUACUACAUCUACAGUAACCCUCUACCCAUAGGGAUGGAGGAAGAGGACAAUAUCCAGAAUAUCACCCCCGGUGGAUCGAAGGAGCAAGAGCCAACUUUUCAGGACUACGCCAACGAUCCCAAUAGUGGUAUCAUCCUGGACCCACCCAACUUUUACAUGCAGCUCUAG